UUGAUCUUUUUACGACACUGCAUCAUACGGCAAAACAUGGCGCUGCACAGAGCUUAGUAAAGGAAUGAGACAACUGACAGGCGUUAAAGGGAAGACAGUUUGCUUUCUUUCUCUGUUUUGAGGUCCAUACAGCAGCUCUCCGCUUAGCUAAGACUCGAUUAACAGUUAGAGAGUAACAGCACAGUGUGAAGUGAAGCGAAAUGGCGGCGCAGGGAGGCAUCGUGUUCCAGCAGAAGGUCAGCAAGCUGCUUAGCAGACACGAAGGGAAGAAACCAGUCCUGAAACCCAACAGAGCUCUGUCUCUGAAAGAUGCUGUAGCUAACCGCAAACCCAACAAAGGAGAGGCCACCUGUAUCACAGAGAUGUCCGUCCUGAUGGCCUGUUGGAAGCAAAACAACUUUGUGGACAGUCUGUGCUAUAAUGAGAUGAACACCUUCUUCACCUGUGUCAAGACAGCUCGGGCUGCUAUGAAGAAUAAAUCUGACCAGACCAGCCUUCAGGGUGGACGAUUGCACCCAAAACAAGCCACAACCCUGCUGAAGAGAUUUCCCAACCUGCGCACUGAGAUCUAGGAAUGAAACCUCAUAAUGCAUAACCUAGGCAGACUUGAAAUGUGUAGGUUAAACAGAGACAUUGGGCUGAGUUCUGAACUGGAUUUAAUCAUGUGAAUGUGUUGUCUAGAAUUGCCGGCUAUUGUAUGAUUCAACAAUGGGAUACCAUACACAUGUUUUACAUAAAUAAAGGAAGGAGCCAGAGAUGGGACCAAAUCAUUGUUUUGCAAGUCACAAGUUAAUCUCAUAAUGUGCUGUUCAUCAAAUGUAAUAUCAUUUUAACAUCAGAAUAAUAAGCCAUUAAAUUUACAAAAAAUCAUUAAUUCUUUUAAAUUUUGUAUUAAUUUGUUAAAACAAGUUUGUUGGAAGGUUUAGGGUCUCUGUCUAUAAUUGUCGAUACACACGUUUUGCAUACUGCAGUUUGUUAGUAUCAUUUUUUUAAACUGGCACUCAGUACCAUAACAUUAGUUCUUCAUUAUGAUUGGAUUCUGUCAGAUUGGUUCAAACAAAGUGAAUCUGGAGAAUAAAGUAUCAACCUACUGAGAAGGAAUAAUGUUAAUGCUAGAUGAUUCAGGAAUUAAACUGUUUGAAAAACAUACUUUCUGAUCUUUGGGCUUGGGGGAAGGUAUUAAGUUCUUUCAAAUCAAAAGGCUCAAGUCCAAGUGAAGUCAUGAGUCACUGGUGAUGAAGUCCAUGUCAAGUUGCAAGUCUUUUUGAUUUUGUCAAGUCGAGUCUAAAGUCAUCAAAUUUGUGACUGGAGUCUGACUCAAGUCCAAGUCAUAUGACUCGCAUCAGAGUCAUGUGACUCAAGUCCAUACCUCUGGAAGGAGCAGACCACUGAAAAGGGUGAUUUCCAACACAAACACACUGCAUGACUCCUUCAACGUGUAAGGUUAUCCAAUCAUUUCACAUUGCUGACCAAUGUUCUGUGUUUGCUCAGUCUGUAUUCACAACACACUGCAUUUUAUGUUUUAAAUUAUAAUAAGAUUUUCUCCUCAUGUCCACAGUUGGCUCUGAUGAACACGAUGCCAUUAUGUCUCAAUCUAAUUUAGCAGAGUGGUCUCAUUGAGUGCUGUGAUGUUAUUAUUGGAUGUGAUGGAAUUAUUAUUCUUGGGUUUCAUGGCUACUGGCUGGGAGCUUACCGAUAUCACUGUACUCUUAAAUGCCUUGUCAUUCUUGUGGAAGCUGAGAUUGGUGGUUAACAGAUACUGAAAUCAGCCUAUCAAACAGAUUACCAGUAAGCAAAGCUCAGUGUGGUUGAUAUAUUUAUUCCUGAAUUAAUUAAAAACAGUUUUUUUGU